AUGAAAACGUAUCUCCUUCAGGUGCCUGCUAAGAAGACGGAAGAGGUCAAUUGGGUUAAACCUCUCAACAACUACCUUCUUUCCGUGUAUGGAAACACCUCAGAAUACCAAGAGGAUCUUGCCUCUUUGGACAAGUUGAGACAAGACCUCAGAGGGGCCUCUCCGAAUAAAACGGGAAUCAAGCUCUACUGCAAGUACUACAGUCAAAUAGAGCUCUUAGACUUGCGUGUCCCCUUUUCCAGCGUCAACAAGCACAAGAAGAUCAGCUUUGAGUGGCACGACGUGUUUCAAGCAGACGUCACCCACAAACAACAUGCCUUGCCCUUUGAGAAGGCCAACAUCUUGUUCAAUUUGGGUGCCAUAUUGUCCGGGUAUGCUGUGACCCGAUACGACGAGGCCCAGAAGUCUAGCUCUGCCGAAGGAAGCACUAACCCUGACGAAUUGGUUACCGAAUCUAUCAAGGUGCUACUGCAAACAGCAGGCGUGUUUCAAUUCAUACAAGAGAACUUUCUACACGCACCAUCCUAUGACUUGAGCCAGCCAACGAUCCGUUUCUUGGUGAAGCUCAUGUUGGCACAGGCCCAGGAGAUUUUCGUCAUGAAGGUGAUUAGUGGAGACUUGGAACAGAAGAAAAACUCUUUGAUCUCUAAGUUGUGCAGAAGUACUGCUUCUCAUUACGAGGAAUGCUUCAAGAUGAUUAGGGAGCUUGAUACUGACGUUGGUAGUGUUUCCACUACCGAUGAAGAACGUGAGUCGGAUUCACCAGAUGAUAUUUGGGAGAAUCCAACUAGUGCGGAUUACGUGGAAGAAGGACCUCAGUCCCAGCUAGACUCGAAUCUUGAUGAAUCUUGGAUUGCCAUUAUUCAUUUCAAAUUAAUCUAUUACAAGUCGUUGGCAUACUACUUCAAUGGGUUAAAUUUUGAAGCUGGAAGAAAGUAUGGCCAAGCCUUGGCAUAUUUGACUAAGUCUUCAGAUAUUUUGAAUGAGCUUCCUAGCGAAACUUUAAAGAUAAUCGGCAAAAAGAUUGGUGGAGACGCUUAUGAGUUAUUGGACAAUUACAAAUACCAGAAGGAUGCGGUUGCAAUCAAAUUGGGUGACCUCAACAAAGAUAAUGACUUGAUUUAUCAUGAUAUCAUUCCUUCAUUGGUGACAUUGCCAGAUAUCAAACCUAUGGAUAGUACCAAGAUUAUUCCUAUGAAUGAAAUAGACUUAUUCCAGGAAAUUAACGAGCACAACUACAGCCAUUUCUUGACAAACGUGGUUCCUAUCAAUAUUCAUGAGCUCUUGAGCUACUAUUCCGAGGAAAAAUCGCAGUUCUUGCGUAAUGAGUUGGAUAUGGUUGAUGUGUCUAAUGAAGAGUUGGCAUCUGUCUUGGAAUACUUGAAAUUACCGAAGGCAUUGGCAACUUUGAAGGAGUUGUUAGGCAAUGAAGACCUUGGCUCUGAUCCAAGUGCCUCUGAUGAUAUUGAUCCAAACUUAAAGAGAAUAGCUGACGAGGUUGGAUCUAAAUACUCGGCAGAUGUGGGUAACAGGAACCAGAUCACGUACACUAGAAAACAAAUCUAUGAUAAUAUCACGGAAGGUGAAAGCAUAUUGGCCAGUGCACAGGGCGCAGUUGACUCUGAAAGAUUAGCCAAGUGUAAGGAUGAUAUGAUCAAGAUCAAGAAAGCAUUAUAUGAUGCUACCAAUUCGGACGGUAGAUUGUUUGGCCUUGUUAAUGAUUCUAACAGUCAAUUGUAUCAAAUAUUGGGAAAGGGGUCGGCCUCAUCCGAAUUCCGUCAAUUGUUCGAGGUGAAAAAUGGGCCAGUUUCAGAGAACAAGUUAGUUGAAGAGAUUAGUUUACUCGAUAUCGAUGACUUCAAGCCCACCAAACCUCAAGGGGGGAUCAGCAAACAGAUCAAGAGAGUCGAAGAUAUCUUACAUGAUUUGAACGUGAUAAGGAGCAAUAAGAAUAAGUUGAUAGAAGCGUUGAAGAAAGAGAUACACGAGGACGAUAUUUCGGAUAUCUUGAUCCUCAAUAGUAGAAUCAAGAGUUCUAGCGAAAUCAAACAGGCGAUUUUCCCUGAGGAGAUGAAAAAGUUUGAAGUAUACAACAACGAACUUGACAAGUUGAUCGAAAGACAGAAGACUUUCAUCAAAGAUUUGGGGAUCGAAUGGGACCAAUUGUCUCAGAAUGGAGAGGUGAAGGAGAUACAAAAGUCGAAAAAGUUCCGCACCCAGUUGAUCGAGGACCAACAGCAAAAGAUCGAACGAUUCUACAAUGACAUUUGGCAACAAUAUUCCACUGGAUUGAGCCGUGGGGUCGAAUUCUACAAGCAAUUGUUGAACUACAGCGAAGGAUUGAAACAGAGAAUUAUUUCUGAGUCUAGAAGGGAGCCACAAAGGCAACCGCAGGCCCCCUUUUACGGCCAGGACUAUCGGGGAGCACCUUCUCUUCCCCCCAAGAGACCGUCACAAAGCCAGCCCGCGGGAGGAUUUUAUUCACAAACUCCCGUGACUCCCUCGGCAACAGGUUCGCCUAGCGUGUCAAAUAUGUCGCGAAACCCGUCUAUCUCCGGUGGCCCCCCACAAUUUCACCAACCAGGGCAAGUAAACCCACAGGCCCAGGGUGCAGGUUCAGCCCCUGGCUCCGAUCUCAUCUAUAACAAUCCGUCCACCUAUCAGCCCAAUAUGUACAACUUCUUCUCCAACAACUGA